AUGUCCAAAACAGCCGGAACAGCCGAAAGAUAUUAUCGAAGUUUGAAUGAAAUUUAUCGCGUGGCCGGUUUUUGUUUGGCUGAUAAAGAUUUUGAAAAGGCUUUUAUAUACUAUAUGCGGUUUAUUUGUGGGAUUAAAAUAAACGCUGAGGAUAUGUUUUGUAGUUUGGCCCUUGAAGAAUUACCGAAUCAUCGGAACUUUCAAGGAUUUUCAUCCGCCGAAAAGAAUAAAGCUGAAUCAUCGUUACAGAAUGCUGUUCAAAAUGCUGAAAUGCUUAAGAAAUUGUUGAAGACUAAAUUUGAACAAGAUGCAACUCAAGCUCAGCUUCACGUUAUCAGUCUUGAAAACAUUCAACCAGCCGCCGAAGGAUCUAGAUCUGAUUGGCAAUCAUUAACGGAUGAAAAUGAAAAAGCGAAAAUAAUCAAUGCUAACGUUUCAACAGACCAUAUUAAAUUCAGUCUUCUUGGAAAUUAUGAUAAACCUGGCAAAGAAUUAAAAACACAAGAUUCGUCUAAAAACCAGUCAGACAUCGAGAAAUUGGGGUUUAAAGGAGUCGUUAUUGCUGGAGAUCUUAUUGAAAAAUUCACUAAAGCAGCUGAAGGUAAUACGAAAAAAAAUGUGGAAACUUGUGCAAUUAUUUGUGGGUUGCCGGCAAAGAGGGGUGUUUGUCAGAUUACACAUGCUGUUAUUCCAAAGCAGAUUGGUGCUUCAGAUAGUUGUAAUACAUUUAAUGAAGAAGAAGUAUUUGCAUAUCAGGAUUCCAAUAACCUUAUAACGAUGGGUUGGAUACAUACUCAUCCAUCGCAAACUGCCUUUCUCUCGAGCAUUGAUCUUCAUACACAUUGCUCUUAUCAAUUGAUGAUGCCGGAGGCAAUAGCUAUAGUCGUUGCUCCAAAAUACAAUGAAAUUGGACUAUUUCGACUUACUGAUCGUGGAAUGGUAGAAAUUGGUGAAUGUCGAGUACCCGGUUUUCAUCCUCAUCAAGAUUCUUCUCUUUUCUAUUAUUGUUGUGAAGUGAGGUUUGAUACUUCUGUUGAAGCUGCACUGGUUGAUUUCAGAUAA